AUGAUGACUUGCACGCGGGCUAUCGGAAUUUUCUUGGCAGUGGUCGCUGCCGCUGGCGGAGCUGCAGCGGCCGUGCCAGACAAGGCGACCUUGGUCGUGCAGUCACCGGGGUGGCACAUCCGGGGGGACUGGAGCAGCAAGAAGGGUGAAGAGAAUCCUUGGACCGGCUCCACGCUCGUCCUGCGCGAGGAUCCGAUCGUGCAGCGGAACUACGCCGUUGCGCAGGCCGCGCUGGGCGUCGACGAUGGGGUCUUCGUGGAAAUCGGGGGCGAGCGGGGCAUCAACGGCUCCACCAGCCUCAUGCUGGAGGGCGUCCACGGCUGGAAGGGCGUCCUCAUCGAGGCCGACCCUGACUGCUACCAGGAGCUGCGGCAGCAGCGCCCCUGGGCCGUAGUCGUCAACGCGGCGGCGUGUGCGGAGGCGCGCACCGUGCGCUGGGCGCCCGAGUCGCUGAGCACGCUGGACGGCCCGGAGUCGCUCGGGACGCGCGCCCUGUCGUCCGCGGGCAUCUGGGAGUUUAUGCCAGUGCUGCACAAGCGCGCCUUCUUCCCGAAAUAUCUCGUGGCGACGGAAGGCGGCGGAAUCGUGGACAACGCCGCGCUCGUCGACGCCGCGUUCACCAAGAUCACGUGCCUGUCGCUCUCGGACAUCCUGACGUACGUGCACGCACCGCGCGUGGACUACCUGAUCGUGGACGUGGAGGGCGCGGAGCUGGAGGUGCUGCGCUCGGUCGACUUCCAGCGCACGCCCGUCAAGCUGGUCUCCGUCGAGGUCAUGAGCCUCAACACUGUGUCGAAGGAGCGCCUCGAUGCCAUCGUCGAUGUGAUGGCCGCCAACGGCUUCGUUGCGUUCGUCCCGGAGGAGGUUCUGCUGGCGUUGCAGGCAACGGAGGACCGCGCGGUCAACAUCAAGCACAGCGACGCGUACUUCUUGCACCAGUCGCUGCGUCCGUGCGAGUCGGACGUGCUGGACAGGGUGGUGGCCGCCGCAGGGGGGCGGGUGGUGACUACGUGCCCGCAGUACAAACAACAGUAA